AUGUUCGACAAGGUCAAAUCAUUUUUAAAUGGACGCUUUAAAAUAACUCGAAAUUUCUGCGUACAUACAUCACCAACUGCUGCCAGUAAAAGAUGCGAUAAAAGCAAUGCAAAGGAUGUACAGGAAGAAAACAAUGCAAAAGUUAGACGGAAGAGACAGCAGGGAAACAAGAGGAUGGGGGAAUGUUACGGAAGAGAAAAUGAGACAAUCAACGAUACGAAGAAAAGCCAUGAAACCAAUCGAUAUGCAGAUUGUUGCCACGGUCCGCUUCACUCAUGUAUUGCUAUUUCGCUUAGCCAGUUCAUACGUGGGAGGGAAUGUUUGCACAUGUUGGUAUGCUUUGUACAAAUUCAACGAACGGAUCAAAUAAACUUGGCAAUAGCGCAAAAAUUCCCUGAGAGCAGCCUGGUCCAAGAGUUACCAGUCAAGCGAUUAGAAGGCGAAAUUUCCGACAAACGAAGUAAAAUGAAGGAAAAGAGUGAAUGA